AUGCCAGAAAAAUAUACCGGUGCAGAGUUUACUCCAAAUGUAAACAAUUCACAGCCAAUUUACUCUCAAGGUGGUCCAUCAUCACAAAUGAUGGGAGGAGAACAACAAGUAUAUGCUGUUCAAACGACUCAAACACUACAAAACGUAUAUCCAGUUCAGCCAAAUUUCAUUCAAAUACAAGAACAAAAUAAAGGCCUACCGUCACUACCACAAUCCCCACAAUCACCACAAUUCCCACCAUCCUCACAAAACCCACAAAUACAACAAAUACCACAAACACCACCACCGGGUUAUGUGCAACCGCAACAACCGAUCUAUGAACAAGCUCAAUAUGGAGCACAGCCGGGAAUUACAUACGUUCCAUAUCAACCUCAAGUUGCCCCUCAACAAGUUCAUGUAAUAACUCAUAUGGGCAAUGUUCCCAGAGGAGCUUUACAGAUUAAUACUCCUUUUCCUGUUACAGUAAAUUGCCCUCAUUGUAAUAAUGAAAUUGUUACUAUCGUAACUGAAGCUCCUGGUUCCACUGCUUAUCUUUUGGCUGCCAUCUUAUGUUGCGUAUUUUGGCCUCUUAUGUGGUUGCCUUGUGUAAUUUCUGGCUGUCUGGAUAAAACUCAUUCUUGUCCUGUAUGUAGAAAUGUUUUAGCACAUGUUAAAGCUUAG